UUCAAAUUAAUGGAGAAGCUGAUGCGCAUGCGCAGUAUUGAGUUGGUUUACCCAUAGACGCCUACACUGCGUGGCCGGACCGUGACAGUCAGUUCAAUUAUCCAAAGGUUCGAAUAAAUGAGGUACGAAUUAACAAGCAUUUACUGUAUAACUUUUUGUGUUUAUAGUGCAAUGAGGCUAUUUAAAGUGUUUUGGAAGUGUUAUAAUAGGAAAAUGAUACACGGGAUGCUGCUCUGCACACUGAAAAAAGCUUUGACGCGGCCUUGAAAGCAUUUGAAUACCUAUGAAUUUCUGCCACCGAGACCUGUACAAAUCCUGAUAUUUUACAUUCACCAGAGUGCUCUGAAACAACCAAUCAAAUGUGCCCUAAAUGUACCGCUUCUGCUAUGAAGUAAAUAUUUUUGUGUUUCAGCGGUGCUGCUGCGGGUGCUGCGGGUGCAGCUGGAGGUGCGGCAGCAGAACAGGGACGUCUUGCAUGAGCUCCAGCAGCUGAGGCAUGAGGUACGGGUCGUGUCCGAGAGGCUGGAUGAAAUUGAGCCUCUCGACAGGACCCGUGCAGUGUCUCAGCCUGCCCUGUCGACGGUGCCUCCAGUUCUUCCUCGGCUACCUGCCGACAAUAUUGAAGAAUUGGAGGCAGCAGAGGCAGCCGUGCAGGAUGAGGCUGUGGCUGCCACCUUGCGCAAGCACCUCCUGCAAAUAGGAGGGAAGUCGCUGCGCGAGGUGGCAUCGAAUGCCAUGAAGGCUGUAAUGGCACACCCCGUCCAAGUGCUUUACAGCCUUCAUGGCAGGAAGGGGAAGAGGGCUUUCGUAAAUCUGAAGUUAUGCCGGAUAGUCACAGAUGUCAUCUGUGCAAAAGGGGGGGCCGACCUGACAGAAGCUCAGGGCUUCAUUAAGAGGUGGUUGCCAGGGUCUGUGGACAGGGGUGGUGGCAGGAAGAGGCGUUUUGCAGAAACGUUAGCAGCAGAGCAGCCCGAUGAUCCCUCCCUUCGGGGCAGGGAUCAUUGCCUGCCCACUGCUGCCCUCUCCCUGCCCCACCCUUGGCCUCAGGGCCCUGGCCAGUCCACCGUUGGCCCCUCCUGUCCGGCUGCCCAUGCUCCUUCCCCUGCUGCAGCCCCUGCUCCUGCCGCUCCUCCUGCCCCUGCUCCUGCCGCUCCUCCUGCCCCUGCCCCUGCCGCUCCUCCUGCCCCU